UUGUAGGAAAAAAAAAAGUAAAAUUUACGAUAAUCCGUGCUCGAAACGCUGUGUUAUCUCGUCGAAAGUAAACAGCUUGCAGUCAGCAAUUAUAAUAGUCGUCACUCAUUGAACUAUUGAAAUAUUCCUACCUAUUGUAUCUAUUAUAAUAUUAUUGACAUUCAUUGGCGGCGUUCACUGAUCGUAUGAAACGACGAAACCAGUCGGGGAAACGUUCGACGUAAUUAUUAUUUGCUCACACAAUUGUAACUAUUCUCGUCGCCGUGUUGCGUUAGCCGGCUGAUCGUUUUUUUCCCACCUAUACCUAUUUUUUUGCAUCUCGAAAAUUGGAUAGUUUUGUAUCCUAGAUACGAUUACGGUUUUUUUCUGUCUUACUGCAAUAAUGUCAUCAAACGUGGGCGAUGGAGUGUCGGAUGCCGUGGAUGGAGUUUACGACUUGUACAGUGUGAGCUUCUGGCUUAAGGUGUUAUUGAAUGGCAGUCUGGUUGCCAUUAUUACGUUUCUGUUAAUGAAAAUAUUCAUGAAACGCAACGAGCCUCAAGUCGAAGAAGAGGACGAUGUGACGCUACCAAAAAUGAAAAAGAGAGAUUUCACCAUCCAAGAGCUGCGCGAAUUUGAUGGCACCAAAGGUGACGGACGCAUUUUGGUAGCGAUCAAUGGCAAAGUGUUUGACGUUACUAAAGGAAAACAUUUCUAUGGACCCGGUGGUGUUUACUCAACAUUUGGUGGACACGAUGCUUCUCGUGGUUUAGCUACAUUUUCAGUUAGUGGUAAAGACGAAUAUGAUGAUCUAAGUGAUUUGAAUUCAUUAGAGAUUGAGUCUAUGUUGGAAUGGGAGACACAAUUUAUGGAAAAAUAUGAUUAUGUUGGACGUCUAUUGAAGCCUGGAGAAUCUCACAGUUACUAUACUGAUGAAGAAGAAACCCCAACCAAUAAACUCCAUCUAGAAAAUCCAAAACAAUGUGAAUCUGAAAAACCUAAAAACUAUGCCGGAGGAGAUUCUACAAAUAUAAAUGAAUUACCAAAAACUGAAACCAUAGAUAACAAUAAGGAAACUGUCGACAACAAUUGCAGUGGUAGUCUAUCUUCAGAUAGUAAUGAUGAGAAACCUGAGGCCACUAAAAUAUUGAAUAAUCCAACCAAAGAAGAUGAAAUUCAUAUUUUAGAAAAAUAGUACAAAUUAUUUAAAUUAACAUCGGUAUUUAUUUUCAACUAUUGGGGACUUUGAACGGUUACAUCCGUUACGGUGAUGGGAUUCAUUAUAUACUGUAAGGGUGUUAAAAGUUUUUUGUUUUUGUACUUAAUAAUAUGACUGAAAUCAACAAUUUUAUUAUUAUUGAA